UACCAGAACAGGUUUUUGGGCCUGGCUGCCAUGGCGUCACCAUCCAGAAACUCCCAGAGCCGACGCCGGUGCAAGGAGCCUCUCCGCUAUAGCUACAACCCCGACCAAUUUCACAACAUGGACAUCAGGGGCGGCCCCCACGACGGGGUAAGCAUCCCCCGCUCCACGAGUGACACGGACCUGGUCACCUCAGACAGCCGCUCCACUCUCAUGGUCAGCAGCUCCUACUACUCCAUAGGACACUCACAGGACCUGGUGAUCCACUGGGACAUCAAGGAGGAAGUGGAUGCUGGGGACUGGAUUGGCAUGUACCUCAUCGAUGAGGUCUUAUCUGAAAACUUUCUGGACUACAAGAACCGUGGAGUCAAUGGUUCUCACCGGGGCCAGAUCAUCUGGAAGAUUGACGCCAGCUCGUACUUCGUGGAACCUGAAACUAAGAUCUGCUUCAAAUACUACCAUGGUGUCAGUGGAGCCCUGCGAGCUACCACCCCCAGUGUCACGGUCAAAAACUCCGCGGCCCCUAUUUUUAAGAACAUUGGCUCCGAGGAAGCCGCCCAAGGUCAAGGCAGUCGGAGGCUGAUCAGCUUUUCUCUGUCAGAUUUCCAGGCCAUGGGGUUGAAGAAAGGGAUGUUCUUCAACCCAGACCCUUACCUGAAGAUAUCGAUUCAGCCUGGGAAGCACAGCAUCUUCCCCGCCCUCCCUCACCACGGACAGGAAAGAAGAUCCAAGAUCGUGGGCAACACUGUGAACCCCGUGUGGCAGGCCGAGCAAUUCAGUUUUGUGUCCUUGCCCACUGAUGUAUUAGAAAUUGAGGUGAAGGAUAAGUUUGCCAAGAGUCGCCCUAUCAUCAAACGCUUCUUGGGAAAGCUGUCAAUGCCUGUUCAGAGACUGCUGGAGAGACACGCCAUAGGGGAUAGGGUGGUCAGCUACACACUUGGCCGCAGGCUUCCAACAGAUCAUGUGAGUGGACAGCUGCAGUUCCGAUUUGAAAUCACUUCCUCCAUCCACCCAGAUGAUGAAGAGAUCUCCAUGAGCACCGAGCCUGAGUCGACAGGAAGUCAGGACAACCCCAUGAACCACCUGAUGGGAAGCAGUCAUGGGGAGAAUGUGUGUGACACCCCAGAGCCGGGGGAGAGCUCCAAGCCCGAGCUGCCGGGUGAGGGCAGCAUCGUGGAUGGUUCUGGGAGCCUGGAACUGGCCGGGCCCAUUGAGGAAGUGGCAGGUGCUCCAGAGGCGGGAGAGGGUGUAGUGGAGUCCGUGGAACCUGAAGAGGCUGGGGAGCUCCUGGCAGAGGGGCCAGAGGACAGCCAGCCCGGCCCUAGUGCAGAGGAACUGGCCGAGCGGCUGGACCUGGGGGACGAGGCACCUCUGCUGCUGCUGCUGGAAGAUGGUGACCCCCAGGGAGGCGCAGAGCAACCCGGGGCGCUAGAAGUGCAGACAGAGAGCUUGGCUGGAGGCGGGGAGGAGGAGAAGGGCAUCCAAGAGGGGAAGGAGGAGGAAGAGGAGGAGGAGGAGGGGGAUGUGUCUAUAUUACAGCUGAGCGAGAGCAGGCGGCAGCUGCGGGCCUCAGGGAAGAGGAAAAACCGGCCAUGUUCGCUGCCAGUGUCCGAGCUGGAAACGGUGAUCGCUUCGGCCUGUGGGGACCCCGAAACGCCGCGGACACACUACAUCCGAAUCCACACCUUGUUGCACAGCCUGCCCUCCGCGCAGGCCGGGGGCACAGCCGAGGACGAGGACGGCGCCGAGGAGGAGUCCACGCUCAAGGACUCCUCUGAGAAAGAUGGGCUCAGCGAGAUGGACACGGUGGCCACCGAACUGCCCGCCAUGGAUGACCACAGACAAGGUCGUCGGGGCGCUCCGCCGGCCACCCAGUCCGCCAGCCACUCCAGUGAGCCUUCGCCGGGUAUGACCAAUGGCGCCUUGCUGGACGGCGACACACACCCGAGCACGGGCAGCGAGAGUGACUCGAGCCCGCGGCAGGGGGGUGAGCACAGCUGUGAGGGCUGCGAUGCAUCAUGCUGCAGCCCCUCGUGCUACAGCUCGUCUUGCUACAGCACAUCUUGCUACAGCAGCUCCUGCCACAGUGCCUCCUGCUAUCCCGGCGGCAGCAGGUUCGCCAGCCACACGCGCUUCUCCUCCGUGGACAGCGCCAAGAUCUCCGAGAGCACCGUCUUCUCCUCGCAGGACGACGACGAGGAGGAGAACAGCGCCUUCGAGUCGGUGCCCGACUCCGUGCAGAGCCCCGAGCUGGACCUGGAGUCAGCGAACGGUGUGGGGCCCUGGCAUGAGGAGCUUUCUGGCGGCCCUGGCGGCGGGACCGCGGCCAGAACCGCUGAAGGCCUGGAGUCACCUGUGGCAGGGCCGAGCCAUCGCAGAGAAGGUGAAUGUCCUAUCCUCCAUAAUUCCCAGCCAGUAAGCCAGCUUCCUUCCCUGAGGCCUGAGCAUCACCACUACCCAACAAUCGAUGAGCCUCUUCCACCAAACUGGGAAGCUCGAAUUGACAGCCACGGGCGGGUCUUUUAUGUGGACCAUGUGAACCGCACGACCACCUGGCAGCGUCCGACAGCAGCCGCCACUCCGGAUGGGAUGCGGCGAUCGGGAUCCAUCCAGCAGAUGGAGCAACUCAACAGGCGGUAUCAAAAUAUUCAGCGAACCAUUGCAACAGAGAGGCCUGAAGAAGAUUCUGGCAGCCAAAGCUGUGAACAAGUCCUAGCAGGAGGUGGAGGGAGUGAUUCAGAGGCCGAAUCAUGCCAGUCCAGCCUAGAUCUCAGGAGAGAAGGCUCGCUUUCUCCGGUGAACUCACAAAAAAUCACCUUGCUGCUCCAGUCCCCAGCGGUCAAGUUCAUCACCAACCCUGAGUUCUUCACCGUGCUGCAUGCCAAUUAUAGUGCCUACCGAGCCUUCACCAGUAGCACCUGCUUAAAGCACAUGAUUCUCAAAGUCCGCCGGGAUGCCCGCAACUUCGAACGCUACCAGCACAAUCGGGACUUGGUGAAUUUCAUCAACAUGUUCGCAGACACUCGACUGGAACUGCCCCGAGGCUGGGAGAUCAAGACAGACCAGCAAGGAAAGUCUUUUUUUGUGGACCACAAUAGUCGAGCUACCACGUUCAUCGACCCCCGAAUCCCUCUCCAGAACGGUCGCCUUCCCAAUCAUCUGACUCACCGACAGCACCUCCAAAGACUCCGGAGCUACAGUGCUGGAGAGGCCUCUGAAGUCUCCAGAAACAGAGGCGCCUCUUUACUGGCCCGGCCAGGACACAGCCUGGUAGCUGCUAUUCGGAGCCAACAUCAACAUGAAUCAUUGCCACUGGCAUAUAAUGACAAGAUUGUGGCAUUUCUUCGCCAGCCAAACAUUUUUGAAAUGCUGCAAGAGCGUCAGCCAAGUUUGGCAAGAAACCACGCACUCAGGGAGAAAAUCCAUUACAUUCGGACAGAGGGUAAUCAUGGGCUUGAAAAGUUGUCCUGUGAUGCGGAUCUUGUUAUCCUACUAAGUCUCUUUGAAGAAGAGAUUAUGUCCUACGUCCCACUGCAGGCUGCCUUCCACCCUGGGUAUAGCUUCUCUCCCCGCUGUUCACCCUGCUCCUCACCUCAGAACUCCCCAGGUUUACAGAGAGCCAGCGCGAGGGCCCCUUCACCCUACCGGAGAGACUUCGAAGCCAAGCUCCGCAAUUUCUACCGAAAACUCGAAGCCAAAGGAUUUGGUCAGGGUCCAGGGAAAAUUAAGCUCAUUAUCCGCCGAGACCAUCUGUUGGAGGGAACUUUCAAUCAGGUGAUGGCCUAUUCCAGGAAGGAGCUCCAGAGAAACAAGCUCUACAUCACCUUUGUUGGCGAGGAGGGGCUAGACUACAGUGGUCCUUCUCGAGAGUUCUUCUUCCUUUUGUCUCAGGAGCUCUUCAACCCCUACUAUGGACUCUUUGAGUACUCUGCAAAUGACACUUACACAGUCCAGAUCAGCCCCAUGUCUGCGUUUGUGGAGAAUCACCUUGAAUGGUUCAGGUUCAGUGGGCGCAUCCUUGGCUUGGCUCUGAUCCAUCAGUACCUUCUAGACGCCUUCUUCACAAGGCCCUUCUACAAGGCGCUGCUGAGACUGCCUUGUGACUUGAGUGAUCUGGAAUAUCUGGAUGAGGAAUUCCACCAGAGCUUGCAAUGGAUGAAGGACAACAAUAUCACAGAUAUCCUAGACCUCACCUUCACUGUUAAUGAGGAGGUUUUCGGACAGGUCACGGAGAGAGAGCUGAAGUCGGGAGGCGCCAACACACAGGUGACGGAGAAGAACAAAAAAGAGUAUAUCGAGAGGAUGGUGAAGUGGCGGGUGGAGCGUGGCGUGGUGCAACAGACCGAGGCACUGGUGCGGGGCUUCUAUGAGGUUGUGGACUCAAGGCUCGUGUCCGUGUUCGAUGCCAGGGAAUUGGAGCUGGUGAUAGCUGGCACCGCAGAAAUUGACCUAAAUGACUGGCGGAAUAACACUGAGUACCGGGGAGGUUAUCAUGAUGGGCAUCUUGUGAUCCGCUGGUUCUGGGCAGCAGUAGAGCGCUUCAAUAACGAGCAAAGGCUAAGAUUGCUUCAGUUUGUCACAGGAACAUCAAGCGUGCCCUACGAAGGCUUUGCAGCCCUCCGAGGAAGCAAUGGGCUCCGGCGUUUCUGCAUAGAGAAGUGGGGGAAAAUUACAUCUCUCCCCAGGGCACACACAUGCUUCAACCGAUUGGAUCUUCCACCAUACCCCUCGUACUCCAUGUUGUAUGAAAAGCUGUUGACAGCAGUAGAAGAAACCAGCACCUUUGGACUGGAGUGAGGAAACACAGCCUUGCCUAGUGACUUCCCUGCCAGCAGUUACAUCACCUUGUCUGA